AUGCGUCUCUUGGCCGGAUUUGCUCUCGUUUGUGUCAGUGUUGCCUUCAUACAAGGGCAACUACUUGUUCCACAAGUUAACAAUUUGAAUGCAGUUAUCAGUUUACUACCACAAUUUCAAGGUUUUCUUGGUCAACUUGAUCAAAUUCUUCCUCAACUUUCUGGUGUACUCUCAUCAGCUGAAUUACAAUCUCUCAAAGACAAAAUCACUCAAGCUCUUACAAGUCAACUUGGCGGAAACUUCGAUCUCAAUGCUAUCAAAGACAAAUUCCGACCAAUUCUUCAACAAUUCCUCGGCUCACGUCCACAAGGUCGUGCCGACUUUGACGCUAUUCUUCAACAAAUUGUAGGUGCUGCCACAUCCGCUCUUCCCGGUAUUGUACUUGGUCUUGUCGGCAAACGCGAAGCUGUUGAUGCUCGUAUCAACCUCAAUGAUAUCCUUGCUUUGGCUGACAAACUCCAAUUACAACAAUUCAUCCCACAAGUCGCCCAAUUCUUGAGCUCAGACAAACUUCAACAAUUACAAAACCAAUUCUUCGCCACCGUUGUUGCCGCUGCUGGUAACAACUGGAAUCCAGCUACGCUCGGUCAAGCUAUUCAACAAAUCGUCACCCAAUUCGUUCCACAACUCCGCCAAAUGCGUAUUGAUUGGGAACAAGUUGGUCAAUCUGCUCUCAAUGGUCUUACCAAUGCUCUUCCAGGCAUUCUCAUUGGUGCCCUCAGUCUUUUCGGCAAACGCGAAGCUGUUGAUGCUCGUAUCAACCUCAAUGACAUCCUUGCCUUAGCUGACAAACUCCAGUUACAACAAUUCAUCCCACAAGUCGCCCAAUUCUUGAGCUCAGACAAACUUCAACAAUUACAAAACCAAUUCUUCGCCACCGUUGUUGCUGCUGCUGGUAACCACUGGAAUCCAGCCACACUCGGUCAAGCUAUCCAACAAAUCGUCACCCAAUUCGUUCCACAACUCCGCCAAAUGCGUAUCGAUUGGGAAGAACUUGGUCAAUCUGCUCUCAAUGGUCUCGCCACUGCUCUUCCAAGCAUUCUCAUGGGCGCCCUCAGUCUUUUCGGCAAACGUGAUGUUAAGAUGGACUAUGAACAAUUAAUAGCACAAUUGCCAACUGACAAACUCGCUCAAAUUGUCCAACUUGUCAAAAAUACAAAGAAAAACAAAGUUUUGGCUAGUCUUCGCAAGCUCCUUCAAAGCUUCUUCCCUGGUUACCAAAGUCGCAUUAACUUCGAUGAUCUCGCUGCAAAUGUACUCAAUCAUUUAAACAACAUCUUACCAAUCAUCAGUCAAUCCAUCACAAAUAUCCUCGGUUAA